AGUUUCCAGGCAACAGGUGAGACUGAUCCAAAGGUGACAGACAAUGGGGAUGGACAAGGAGAUAAACGACUCUCUUCAGAAAAGUGGAAUAAGAAGAGACGUUGAUGUUUCUCAACUCAGCCUAUCCAAAAAAAAGCUGACCAGUGUCCCUGACGUGUCAAGAUUUCCCUUCCUGAGGGAGUUGUGGCUGAAUAACAACAAGAUCAGAGAGCUCAGCUGUCGAUCCAUCAACUGCUGCUUGACUGAACUCUACCUCCACAACAACAGCAUCAAGUCUAUAUCUGGAGCUCUAAACCAUCUGACCUGCCUCAGACUUCUUCUGCUCCACAACAACCAGAUCAGAGGGCUGGACGACACGAUGCAUGAGCUCAGGAGGAUGCAGCAGCUCCAAACUGCAACUUUUUCCCUCAAUCCCAUCUCCCAUGAGCCCGGGUAUCGCCUCCAUGUGAUCCACUGUUUGCCCUCCGUCCAGGUUUUAGAUGGAAAAGAGGUGAAGCCAACAGAGAGGAGGAAGUCGUUCCAGACUCACAGUCAGGAGCGUCAUCGCGUCCUUCAGUCUGUGGCCUUCUGCAGACGGGCAGGAUAGUCCACAAACUUAAAUUCUAAUCAGUAAAAAUCUAUAAUGUCACAAA